AUGUCCUCAAUAACUGAUGGUGAUGAUGAUACAGAAGAUAUAAUACAGCAGAUAUGUAAUGGUGAUCCUGAAAUUGAAAAGAAGUUAAGAAUAUUAAUGUUAGAAGUAGAAGUGAUACGACAGGAUGGCAGAACAGCACCUGAUUAUUUGAAUGUUUCUCAAUGGGAAAAUCUGCUAGAAUACAAAUCCAGAAACCAAAGAGCUAGCUAUCUUACCUACUUAUGGAAGAAUGAAAAGAAUAGAGAAAAUAAAAAGGCAAAGCAAAAAGCACGGAGAAGAGAGUUAGAAGAGACUGAUGAAGAGGAUUUAAAAGAGUUCCCUGAUGACCUACUUUAUGGUAUUAAACAUCGAUCUUUGUUUUUACGUAUUCGUGAUCAAUCAAUUAAUAAUUUUGACAACUACAGAGCUGUUCGUGCUUUGAUGCAUGGUCAAUCUAUUGUAAUAGAUUGCUCAUAUGAAGAACACAUGGUGAAAAGGGAAACUUUAAAUGCUGCAAAACAGCUUACAUUUGUCUUUGGCGACAACAGACUGCAUAAGGAACCAUUCAAUUUGCACUUAUGUAAUGUAAAUAAAUCAGGAGUUUUUAUGGAACAGUUCAGAAAAAAUGUGCCAUCAAUUGAUGAACCCUGGUUCCCACUUAACAUUCAUAGUGAGAGCUACAUGAACAUUUUUCCACAGGAGAAAUUAGUAUAUUUAACGCCGCAUUGCAGAGAUGAAUUAACACACUUUGAUCAUGAUGCCAUUUACAUUAUAGGGUGUAUGGUUGACAAGACGGUGAAUGACCCACUAUCACUAGCAAAAGCAAAGAAAGACGGUUUAAAAAUGGCAAAACUUCCCUUAGAUCGAUACUUAGAAUGGGCACCUGGGUCAAAGAAGAAUCUGAAUAUAAAUCAUAUGGUUCCAAUUCUCUUGGACCUCAAGACUACUGGGGAUUGGGAAUUUGCGCUACGGCAUAUACCUCGAAGGAAACUAAUGCAAACAAAAAUAAUGGCAAUGCAGAAAAAGCUCCAAGAUUCCUCUUUGCGCCAUGAUAUAGACAUGAGGAGUUUUAAGAACCUCCGUGUAGCUGACAGAAAUGUUUUCAAGGAUAGAAGACAGCGGUCACGCCAAUCGUUGUAUGACGACGACGAAAUAUAG